AUGGCGCACCAUACACCAUGGCUACGCUGGUGCCAUGUCGAGAUGGGACGAGCAACGAGCACCUAUCAGAUAGAUCGACCCCUUAAUCUUGAGCACGACACCCCUAGCACGACCCAAGCCAGCAGUGACAAGUCAAUUGACGAGGCAGAUCCGCUUGGCCACAGACCAGACAUGCAGACACAGCGUUGCGGUCAACACGCCGCAACGCAUCGCGCCACAGCGCACGAAGCUGCAGUGAACCAAAGCGGGACGCGUGCAGAUCACUCACCGGUCCGCGAGCGGCGCCAUGACGACCAGGUCGCCUGUGUCAGCUCACCGUUGACCAGCGACUGCCAGCCAGGAGCACGUCGGGCGCACCAAAGGAUACGAUGCGGGCGUGCGGAGCGCGGUGACCUUACCGGUAGGGCAGUAUUGCAGCGUCGCAGUUAUGCCAGACGUGGCGAGGCAGCAGUGGCAGCGGGGGAGUUGGGAGUCAGAGGGGCGAUGAUUCUACGUGAUCCUUCUAGAGUCUCGAAGCUGGAUGACUCGUGCGGCCUGGGCCGGCUGUUGUCGGCGUGGGUUUGCGGCAACUGCGAUCCCGACAACGCCACUCGGCGCUAG